AUGGCGCCUGUGGCAUUGAGUACCGUUGAGAAUGAACUCAAAGAUGUCAUUCAACAUCUAUUCGAGAUUCAGUCUGCUGUUCAUGGCUACCUGGGCUCCGAGACUCAGCUUGAAUUAGUGCGGAAGAUAAAAAACCUCACCCUCGCACUCAGCACCCUCUCGACAGACACAAAACCAGACCCAACAGUCACAGCCAACCCCUCCUCACCCCACCGAGACGCCAAUGAUCCGCCCGUAGCGAGCAUCCAACUGCCCCCCGAAAUCAUCGACUACGUCGACGCGGCACGAAACCCAGACAUUUAUACGCGAGAGUUCGUCGAGCUCGUGCAGCGCGGCAACCAAGAUCUCAAGGGCAAGAAAGAGGCGUUUACGAGUUUCCGGGAUGUCUUGGCUAUGGAAAUGAGGAGUGCGAUGCCUGAGUGUCGCGGCGAAGUCGACCGGGUGGUUUUGGCUACGGGGGGUGAGAAUCGGGACUAG